AGAGAAAAAAGAUAGCCACCUGCCGCUCCGGGGUGGGAUGCAUAGUGACCAUUUUGACGUUCUGGGAGCACACAGUCUCGCGCUUACGCGGUAUGCAAAGACGGUACAUAGGCGGCCUCCGCCUUUUCCCGUUACAGUCCCAUCACAAAGGAUUGUUGGUAGGGCUAUGUCCAAGACAAACGGAAGGGUUACGUAAGGGGGAACCGCUGAGCAGAUCAAUAUGCGCGGAAUGCCUCGUGCCGAACGCUCUGCGCGGGAUACCCUCCGCGGAGGUGCCAUCGAGAUCUAAAACAGACCUCACGUCUCGCCUGCAGCUCUUGGCCAGUAUUGUCACCUACAUACUGUACGUAUGUAUUCCACUGGGGUGGCGAAGCGGAAACACAGUAGUUAGGUGGACAGAGCGUUUUAUUGCCGAGAAGACAGUGGCUUGGCUUGGUUUGUAGUGGAGAAGACGAGGGGUUUGUGCAAAACAGCAGGUGCUAAUGAUGAUAGAUGGGAGCUUCAACUUCCGAUGCUCAAGUUUUAGCCUGUAAAGUUUUCAUAUUCGAAAAAAGCAACUGACAUAGCUCAUCGUAGACACUUGCCCAUGUACAUUUGACAUUGAUCUGCAUACCUAUACUAUAGACGCUAAACAGAGAAAUAGGCAUAAUACCAACAUGUGUGGGGA